CUGACUUGCCCGCUGCUCGCCAGAGUCAGUGGUGUUGGCAUCAGCUUGGGCAGGUGUGCGGCAUAGGAUGAAGGGGCCAUGGUGAGGAGCCCUCACCCUCAGCCUUACAGCCUCCUCCCCAAGCCAGCAUGAGUGCCGAGCUGGAGCUGCUGUGGCCGGUGUCGGGAUUAUUGCUACUGUUGUUGGGGGCCACAGCCUGGCUGUGUGUCCACUGCUCCCGCCCAGGAGUGAAGAGAAAUGAGAAAAUCUAUGAGCAGAGGAACCGGCAAGAAAAUGCACAGAGCUCAGCUGUGGCUCAGACGUACUCCUUGGCCAGGCAGGUGUGGCCAGGACCCCAGAUGGACACAGCUUCAGACAAGUCAUUUGAAAGGAAGAACAAGAUGCUGUUCUCCCACCUUGAGGGUCCUGAGUCCCCUAGGUACCAGAACUUCUACAAAGGAAGCAGCCAGGAGCCUGAUGCUGCCUAUGUAGACCCCAUCCCCACAGACUACUACAACUGGGGGUGUUUCCAGAGGCCCUCAGAAGACGAUGAUUCCAACUCCUAUGAGAAUGUGCUCGUCUGCAAGCCCAGCACCCCUGAGUCAGGUGUCGAGGAGUUUGAGGAUUACCAGAACUCAGUAUCCAUCCAUCAGUGGCGAGAGUCCAAGAGGACUAUGGGUGCGCAAAUGUCCCUAUCGGGAAGCCCAGAUGAGGAACCAGACUACGUGAAUGGAGAUGUGGCCACAGCAGGGGAAACCUAGGAGAGGCUCAACCGGAAGGAAGAAGGGCCUGAGGAUGGAGGAUCAGAUCGGGAGCUCCAGAGUUUACUGCCUGCUGAAUAAAGCCCGUUCUCCAGGGAUGCUCAAGUUUCACACCCUGGCUGUGGCCGCCCCAGGGAGGGGCACCGGAACUGCCUGACACUCUGCCUGGGAGACACUGGGAACCGCCAGAGUCACACCCCUCAAGUGAUGCCCUGGACUUCUUUGGGGGCAAAGCAAGUGCCCAGGAGAUAUUGACUGUGCUGACUAGAAGCCCAGGACCCGAGGCAAGAUGUGUCCCCAGUCUCACUUCUAAAAUGAGGCACAACACUGGCAUUUGUGUGUGUGUGUGUGGGGGGGGGGUUGUUUUGGCUGUAGGCUCUCACUAAGUUACUCAGGCUGAUCUCAAACUUGCAGUCCUCCAGCCUCAGUCCUAGUGUUGAGAUUACGUCAUACCAGUUGUUUUUUUUUUCUUGGUUUGGACCUCAGUUUUCUUAUGAAUGUCAACUUCUAGGACUGUUUCUAUGACUCUUUUUGUAGUUAACUAAAGUUGCUGGAGUCGUAUUUAAUAUUGUCAAUGUCAGGGGACUCCCUGUCUCAGAGCAUUACGUGAACUAACCGUAGCAGAUGAAUGGGGUGUCGGGUAACCUGGGAUCGCUUUGGUUUCUUAGUGGGCUCCAGUUUGUUCUGAUCUUCCAUUUCUGCAGGGACCUUGUGGGUCAGUGAUGGGGAAAUAAAACUGCCCCCUCACCAGACAUCAAUAAACCCUGUAAGAGCAGGUGCUGCACGCA